GUGAAGUCUUUAGGGGGAACAGGGGGUUUAGUUUUGUGGAUAUAUGAAUAAGGUGUUUUAGUCACCAAGCUGGUUUGAGUUUGUUUAAUAGCUUUUCAUGGAACACAGAGAGUUGGGAAGCAGUUAGUAGUUCUCCUAUGCAGAUUUGAGGUGUUACUAAUGGUGGAGCAGGUGGUUAUAGAGAAGACUUGAUUCUUGGUUUAGCAUAUAGGAUGGCUAAAAAGUUUACCAGUCUCUAACAUAUGGUGGUGGUGCACCUUUGUAUAGUUUCUCUUUAGAGUCAGUCUUUGUCCCUUUGGCUUCUUUUCUUAAGUGGGUUAGAUUAGCAACUAGGUUCCUGUUCUUAUAUAUCUCUCCCUCCUUGUCCAUACCCCUUUGUCUACUCUCAUGCCUUUGAGUCUUAUCUUUCUUCCUCUCUUUUGCGUUUCUGUCUAGCCUUGAAGAUGUAAACCUUACUACUUCUGUUUACUGGUCUUCCUCUUCAGCUCUUUUCCUGAUUUUUUUUUGUAAAGGAAGAAGGGAAUAGGAAGUUCUUUCUUGUGACUUGUCUUAGAGUGUCUCUACUGGUAAAGAUUCAAUCCUGAUGUAAGCUGAUACUUCUUCUGAAGAAAAGAUAGUCCUCAGGCUCUUCUUGAUCCCGCCUAAUCUGCUCACCAUGGACCUAUAGAAGCUGCUACUCCGCUCUGCUUUAGAUGCUUCAUCGUAGUUUCUUUGUCUCUCUACUAUCUUUGGUUAUGUUGCUAUGUUACGCAGUGGCAAGUAUUGUCUCUGUGUAUGUAUGUUUCUCGUCGUCUUUGUCUGUAGUUUGUGACAGUGUUGUUCACGUUUUACUAUCUUGUAUUGGGUUUUCAAUGUUGAAGGAGAUGUAUCCCUUGUUCCCUGCAAUUAUUAGUAUCAUUCUGUAUGGUUUUGUUUAUCGUUCUCUAUGGCUUUAAAGUCUUCAAAUCAAAUAAUACUUCAUAGCAACAAACAAGUUAGAAGGUAGUAGAAAAGGUUCAUGUACAAGUGGCGAUCUUUUGAUGGACUAUGCUUUUUACGCGAAAACUCUGUUAUAGGCCCAUUGGACUACCUUCAGUUCCUUAGUGGGCUUUUUGCUUUAGGUUGUAUAACCUCAUCACUACACAACUCCUUCAAUCACUCGAGAGAAAACACAACAUCAUUACAAAGACAAAGCCAUACAAUGAUAUCAGACCGGAGGCAAUAUACAAGCAACCAACAGCUAGGAGAAUUCUCUAAAUGCUAAAAAGACAAAAAUUUCAUUACUUUUAGUUAUGAUGAUAAGCUAAGGUUACCAUUAGUGACAAUGUUAAGAAAUAGAGAGAGAGAAGAAAAACAAAAGAAAUAGACGUUGGGGACCGACUAGAGAGAGGUUGUUAAAAGAUGAUCAUUGUCUGAGAGUUCUAUAUAUGUUUGGUUUCUGAGGAAACAUGAUGGUUCAUUAUUACUCUUGGGCCCAACCACAACAAGAAAGGAAACUUUGGUGGCAUUUUCUUCCUUUUAGCAAAUAAUUAUAUUCAAUGUAUGAAUACCGACAAGUUGAUAUGUCAAAGGGGCAUAUAUUUUUAUAAUUAUAAACUAAUCAAGAACUAUAUGUUUUGGAUAAUAUAUUCAAAACAUACAAUGGAGAUUUUCAAAACUGUGAUCUAAAAAGGGGUGUUUGUAGAGUUGAUUAUCUCUUUAAUUAAAAAUCCAUACGGUAGUGUAAAAUGUCUUGUCUCUUUAUUUUAUUUUUGACAAAAUGAAUUAGUUGAUAACACUUACAACCGGUGAAUGGGUUAGCUACUGACUAUAGUUAUUGGUUAUUACAAGCUAUUUAAAGGCAUGUGGUCAAUGGCUUUUCACAAUUAAUUUAAUCAAAUAUACGAUUGAAGUAAUUAUAAUACUUUUUGUCGAUCUUCGAACGGUUGCCAUCAAAAGUGGUAGCCGCUAGGUAUAUAUAUGCAUACAUAUUUAAUUUCUCCAUUUGUUUAAAACUAGAUUAAUAUUUGUGGACCAUGUAAAAUAAUAUUUGUGGACCGUUUUGUCUUUCCAGUAAACAGUUUUAAGUUUGGCCUAUUUUUAUAUUCUAAGUCAAAUUAAAUUUCAGUAAACUUCAAAACGAAUUUGAAUGUUAAAAACUAACAUUGAAACAAAACAAAAUACUUCAAAAACUAAAAAAAAAAUCAACUUAAUAGUAGAACAUGACUUCCAUGACAUGUAUAGAUUGCGCGUGGGUGUGGUGUGUCCAACGUGGACAAAUAUAAAAGUGUGGCGUAAGUGGCCCCCAAAGCUCGUCGUCUGAUACGCAUACGCGUCUCUGUGCCUUUGCCUUUUCCUUUUUCUGAUUCUUUUUUUCCAAAAGAUUCUCUCUUUUCCUCUAUUUGUUUUAAUUUAAUUAAGCCAAAAGAGCAGCAUGAGUUGUUUUAUCCAAUAAAAUAAAUUAUUUGGUUCAUAUCCGCAAAAGAUUUUAAACUAAUUUUUUAUCUAUUAAUACAUAUUUUAAAAUAUCAAUUUAAAGUACGUUUUAUAUGAAAAGGUAUGUUAAAAGGGUGGAAAUAAAUUUUACAGAUUUUAUUUUAAUAUGAAACUUAUAAGAAGAAAAACUCCAACCUGCCAUCUAAUUUUGUACUAUAUUAUAGAAAUCUUGGUAAUGUAUAGUGUGUGAAAUUUAUAAGAAGAAAAAAAUCCAACCUGCCAUCUAAUUUUGUGCAAUAUUUUAUAAAACUUGAUAAUGUAGCAUUAAUUGUUUUUAAGAAAAUUAAUAGCACAGGCCUAAUUCAUGGCGUAAAUUACCAUUAAAUUUUGUUUUAAAUAAAAGCGUAAAUUACAUUAAUCUAGGAAGCCAAAUCUCCCAAGCAAUCCCGAGAACACCAUUUUAAUACGUGCAUAAAGGGUACUUUCGUCAUCUACCAUUUACAUUUUUCAUUCUCUCUCUCCUAAAGCCCAUUUUAAUAAACCUAAACACAAAAACUCUUUCAGAGAAACAGAGCAUAAACGCCCGAGAGAGAAGGAGAUCUACUCAACGAAGAAGAAGAUAUUAUGCGACGAAGAUGAGGAAGCCGAAGCUACACUGAGAGAAUCUAAGAAGAGACUAAGCGCGCGUGCUCUUCCAAAAGCAUCUUCGAUCACACCGACGAGCGAUCUCGAUUCAUUUUUGUGUUCUUGUGGUUUGACUUAAGAGCAUGAAAUUCUAUAUAUUAUAUGGAAUAUUUUUUAAUAGGUUGUGAGAGAGCGUGAGAGGAAAGGAAGUUCGGUGUAUACACACACACGUCUUCCUUGUGGUUUGUUUGUUUGUAUUAAAAAAAUGGAGGUUGUGGCAAAGAGUAACUCGAAACGUAUGUAUUCGUGGUGGUGGGAUAGUCACAAUACCCCCAAGAAUUCUAAAUGGCUUCAGGACAAUCUUGCAGAUAUGGAUAGUAACGUGAAGAAAAUGAUCAAGGUUCUCGAGGAAGAUGCAGAUUCUUUCGCCAGGCGAGCUGAGAUGUAUUACCGCAAACGUCCUGAGCUUAUGCAACUGGUCGAAGAGUUUUACCGCGCGUACCGCGCAUUGGCUGAAAGAUAUAAUCACGCAACCGUCGUGAUCCAUAAGGCUCAUCAGACUAUAGCAGAAGAGCUCCCCAACCAAGUUUCCUUCAUAUUCGGCGAUGAGUCUCAUGCUGGUGCUGACGGUGACCCACAAACUCCGGAUAUGCGUCCUCCUAUCCGAGCUCGAGGUGAAGACGAUGUUCCGUUUGGGAAAGCAAGAAAAGGACUGAAGUUUGAUGAUGGAGAUGAAACAGUUUCGGAAUCCGAACGAGCUAGCAAAGCUGAGGCUGAAGUUGCAGCUUUAAAAGACUUCAUCUCUAAAAUGGAGGCUGAAAAGGAAGCCACCUUAGCUCAGUUUGAAAAGAACUUGGAGAGACUCUCGAACCUAGAAUCCGAAAUCUCUCGUGCGCAAGAGGACUCAGCUAGACUUAACGACAAAGCGUCGAGCGCAGAAGCUGAGAUUCAAACACUAAGACAAGUCAUUGAGAAGCUAGAGUCUGAAAAGGAAUCCACCCUUGUUCAGUAUCAGCAGUGCCUGCAAAGGAUAGCUGAUUUGGAAGAAGCGCAUAAGGAUGCUGGAGAAGUUGAAGCUGAGACUCUCGCCUUGAAGGAGAGCCUUGCUGACAAAGAAGCAGCUCUGGAGAAUUACAGACAAUGCUUGACAACAAUAGCUAAUUUAGAAGAGAGACUAAGGAAGGCUGAGGAAGAUGCAUGGGGUAUCAACGAGCGGGCUGAGUUGGCUGGAGUAGAAGUUGUAAACUUGAAGCAAACUAUCUCCAAACUGACUGAGGAUAAAGAAGCUUCGGAGCUUCAGUACCAACAGUGUUUGAAUAUAAUCGCGGAUUUGAAAUUAAAACUCUACUCCACCCAAGAAGAAACCAAAAGGCUUAGCAGUGAGUUGGAAGACGAAGCUGCUAAACUCAAAUUCUCCGAGGAGAAAUGCACUGUGCUCGAGAGGUCAAACCAGAAUCUCCACUCGGAGCUUGACGGUCUAUUGGAGAAACUGGGGAGUCAAAGCCAGAAGCUCACGGAGAAGCAAACGGAGCUGGUCAAGCUGUGGAGCAACGUGCAAGAAGAGCAUCUGCGUUUCCAGGAAGCUGAAACCGCGUUUCAAACGCUGCAGCAGUUGCACUAUCAGUCUCAAGAGGAGCUAAAUAACUUAGCUGCGGAGCUUCGGAGCAAGUCCCAAAUCAUCAACAACUUGGAGAAGAGAAACAACGAGAUGCAUGAGGAGAUUCAGCAAGCCAAGGUUGAAUCUCUCUCUUCGGUAGCAUCAGUGAAGAGUUUGCAAGAGGAUGUCUCGAGUCUAAAGCAAACUAUACUGAAGCUUGAAGCGGAAGUUGAACUAAAGCAGCAAGAGAUGUAUUGUCUUAAAGAGGAAAACUCAAACUUAAGAGAAUGUAAUGAGACCGAGAAGAUUGCACUUGUGGAGAAGCUUGUUGAGAAAAACCAUGCGCUGGAAAACUCUAUCUCUCAUUUGAAUAUUGAGCUGGGAGCAGCCAAAGGAAAGCUCAAGACCUUGAAGGAAGCUUGUCAGUCACUCUCCGUAGAGAACCACCACAGCGCCAUUGAGAAACUAGUCCUCGUUGAGUUCUUCCGACAGGUUAAAUCAGAAGCUGAGAAGAGCACGUCGAGGAAGACUAUUGAUAAGUUGAUAGACGCAGAAACCGAGAAUCUGCAGCUGAAGAGAAACCUCCUCUCCGUUAGAUCAGCCAAAGAUCGUUUAGAGGAUCGGUUACGUGAGAAGGAGAAGGAGCUUGAGGAAAUCAAAACGGAGGUUUUGAAAGAGAGGUGUCGAGUUGAACUGUGGGAGUCUCAAGCUGCAACGUUCUUCUGCGAUAAGGAGGUCUUAGCAGUACAUGAAACGUUGAAUAAAACAAUGACUCAUGAGGUCGCUGAAGCUUACAACGGUCUUAAAAGUAGAAGCGUGGAUGUGGACAAGCGUAGAGCUAUUGUCUUGUUGAACGAAAGCAUUAGAUCUUUGGAGGAUUAUGUUUUCGUUAAUGGACCUUCAAAGGGUGCUGAUUCAAAGAAUGAAUCCCUCAAGGUGGAAGAUAUGUGUCUAAGAAUCAAAGCUAUUGCAGAGGCGAUAACGGAGAAGGAAAAGCUUUUGCUCCUUGAGAACUCAAACGCAUACUCUAUGCUCGAGACAGCGUUGAAACAAGUCAAAGAACUAAAAACCGUUAGUAGUGGUGGUGGUGGGAGAAGCAUGAGGAAGCUGAGCGGCAAAACUCGGAAGCAGAGCAACGAGAUAGAGGUCGUUGUAACGAAAGAUAUAGUCCUUGAUCAAACUUUUGAUGGAUCAUCGUACGAGAUCACUAGCAAGAAAGACACCUUGGAGCUUGAUAGCCACAGUUUCUUCGAGUUAAAGCCUGUGAAGACACACAAGACAGAGACAGCGGUGAAAGUGAAAGCGAAAGGUAAGUCUUUGUCUGAAGAGUCGUUGGUUGUUGAUAAGCUAGAGAUUUUCGACGGGUUCAUGGAUCCGAACGUGGAAGUGAACAUGAGGAAGGUGUUAGAGAGGCUCGGUUCGGAUUUGAAGAAGCUGGAGAAUCUUCAGAUCACUGUGAAAGAUUUAACAAUCAAAGUGGAAACAGAAGAGAGUGAGGAGUACGCGACGAUCAAAGGUCAGCUUAAAGAAGCAGAGGAGGCGGUGGAGAAGCUGUUCAACGUGAACGAGAAGCUGUCCACGAAGGUGGAGUCAGAGAAGGAUGUGAAUAGAAGCAGGAGGAUCUCGGAACACGCGAGGAGAGGUUCAGAGAAGAUUGGGAGGUUACAGUUGGAGAUUCAGAGGAUUCAGUUCUUGUUGAUGAAGCUUGAAGGAGAGAAAGAGAGUAAAGCUAAGUCUAAGGUCGCAGAUACUAAGUCUAAAGUUCUUUUAAGGGAUUACAUCUAUGGUGGAUCGAGAAGCGUGACGAUGAAGAAGACGACGAAGAAGAGGACUGCGUUCUGCGGCUGCGCUCAACAGUCGACGUCUCCGUGAAGGUUAUUGUUUUACUUCACUCGCAAGUAAAAGAAACAAGUUCUCAUGUGAAAAAAAGUUUAAUUUAACAGCGUUAUGUUUUUGAACGCAAUAGUAGUAAGUAGUGAAAAUUUGAAUAACAGACAGACUCUUAGCUUUUCGACUUUA